GAAAUUGAUUGAAAAUAUCUCUGCGAAACUCUUGCAUUAAUUCUUGACUUCACGCAACCAAACACAAAACUUUACCCAAAACGAUCCUUCCUCAUCGAAAAUGUUCUCACAAAAGAGAAAAGCAUCUUCUGAUGCAGAAGAUCCUGACGUAUCAUCCUCUCAAGGUCACCUCCCCGCUUCUGAACUCUCAAUUACCCCAUCAGGCAUACAGCAAGGUCCAACAAAGCGAGCUUGCUCACAGAAUUCGGUCUUCGAAUCCAUCGACAACUUUGGUAUGGGCGCAGAAAUCAAUAAUGAUUCCGGUGAUCACGAUGCUCCGAAUCAAUCUGAACAACCUACAGCACACUCUCUCAAUGCAACCCACUCAGAUCUUGAUGAAGCUACUUCACCUCUCGCUCAAAUGUCUGCUGCUAGCCGAGAAAGAAAAACUGCGCGUACAAAAGCUCUGCAGGAAAAGAUAGGCUUUGAAGCUUGGAGAAAAAUAGUGGAGGCCAAUACAAAGACGACCGCAGUAACACAGCUCCGGGUCAAAGAAUCGGAUCGACGCAAUAAGCUCCUACCCAUGACGCCGGGUGGCAGAAUCAAUCUUUACACAACCUAUCUUCCCAUCGAUUGGGUUUGUCGCGAGAUGUGGAAUACGCAAUCCCAGGAGGUUGGAGCUGCAUUCAACGCAGUAUUCAAGAGCUAUUUCGAUGGCAGUUCUGAGUUUCGUGUCUGGCCCGAGCCAUCUGAUUGGGACUUGUUCGAGAAGUAUCCAAAGACCGGUAUGAAGAACUUGGGUAGAGCCAGAGAUUUUGUGGUCUUUUGGGAGUGGGAUUAUCAAGAUAGGAUUUGGGAAUAUACUUCGAAUAAGGCUUCUUUGAAAGGCUGUUUGGAAAUGUUUAUGAACGGGGAUGAUGUGAGGAGAUAUCAGGAUUUUCUAGCUAGACCGAUGACGAAUCAUCGAUCAUAGCUGGAUUAUUCGCCUGUAUCAGGAAGCCGUCGAGGAAGCAUGGAUAUUCUGGCGGAGUAAGGGAUAUAUUGUGCGGGGAUGCUGUGUUUCCGGGGUGGUAUAUGGAGCUUUACAUUGAUUGCGGUAUUGUGCAAGAUUUCUCUAUGAUUCUUUGAGAUUGGGAGUGAGGAAAUGUACAUAAAGAGAUUACGGCUGCUAUAGAUCAAGCGUGGAGUAACUAUUGGGGGAUUUAAGCACAAUACUGUAGAUUUGAUCUGACAAAUAAUGACUUGAAAAUACAAGCCCGAUCA